UAUUUUAAUAAAAUGAAAAUCAGAAAUAUAUACUACUUUUUAAUAUUUUAUUUUUCAUGUACAAUAUAUAGUAUGGGCCAUUUAUAAAAUAGUAUAGAAAAAUGGUUCAUUCUAUUUGCAUUAGUUGAACAUCAUAUAUAAACUAAUAUGAGAAAAAAUAAGAGCUUUUGUUGAUGAAAAAGAUAUCUUUGAAUUAGGCAUGAUCUUAGCUUUUGUCAACCAUUCGAACAAAGACAAAAUUCAUAUUACAAGCAAUUAUACAAUAUACCUAAAGAACAAUACUAUACCAUAAUUUAUUUUCACCAAAUAGUAUAGUCGGCGAGUUUAUCUUUUUCAUUACUUCUUCCUUUUUUCAGACAUUGGUGAUCAUACACAUUCAUCUCUUCUUCGCUACCAUAUAGAUUCGACGAGUUAUCAACUCUUCUUUUAUGACACCACUACAUAUUUACUGUGUCGGCCGCCGUAGUCAUUCUUCACAACUAGAUUUGUAUAAUAUUCGAUGAUGCAAUAAUUCCAACCUGCUUUGCAAGAUUCAAAAUGAAAACAAAUUAUAAAAACAGAGAUAUGAUUGUAAGAAGUGGUGAUCUGAAAAGAGAAGGAAAAAAAUGAAAAAGAAUAAAGUUAAUAGAAGAAAAUAGGAAACCGUGGUGUCGGUUGUUUUGAAGGGUAUUUUAGCAAAUAAGAUAGAAAAUAGGUUGAAUAUCAUAGUCAGUUUUUUUUUUUUAUCUAGAUAAUGAAUUAUAAUUUUUUUGGUUAUCAUAGGGGGCAAUUUCUCUAUUUACUUUGUAGUGGUGGUUAUACUUGGGAGCAAGAGUAUUUGCUAUUUCUCAAUCGUCCGACUUAAUGGGCCUUUAGGCCCAUUACACGGCUCACUCUUAACUCAACUGAUAAGAUGUAAUGGAAGAUUUAAUUAUACUCUAUAAUCUUCUUCUGCACACUCUCUUGUUUCAUUCCGCCGUCGCCGUCGCCGUCGCCGUCUCCGUCGCCUCCUUGUUCGGUGAAAUCUACCCUCCUCGAAGUUUCCGAAGACUACCCAAAACUCUCUUUCUCACUUUAACCCUUAAUCUUCAGUGGACUGUUAUGUCCGAGAUGACAUCAAGAACCGCUGAUAUCCUGCGCGUAAGCUCGCAUCGCGAAGUCUACGAGCCCUGUGACGAUUCAUUUGCUCUAGUUGAUGCCUUACUCGCUGACCAAACCAACCUUAUAAACCACGAUCCCAAGGUUUGUAUGGAGAUUGGCUGCGGAAGCGGAUACGUCAUCACAUCACUCAUCCUCCUCCUCAAAGAGAAGCUUCCCAAUGUUCAUUACAUAGCCACAGACACAAACCAGAUCGCCGCAAGAGUGACAAACGAGACUUUACAAGCUCAUGGUGUCUCUGCUGAGGUUGUCUGCACGGACAUAGCUUCUUGUCUGGAGGAGAGACUCGCUGGAUUGGUGGAUGUGAUGGUGUUGAACCCUCCUUAUGUUCCUACGCCUGAGUACGAGGUUGGUAUGGAAGGUAUAGCUUCUGCGUGGGCUGGAGGGGAGAACGGGAGGAGUGUGAUCGAUAGAAUGUUGCCUGUUGUUGAUCGUUUGCUUUCGGAGAGAGGGUGGUUCUAUUUGGUGACUUUGACUUCGAAUUACCCGUCGGAGAUUUGUUUGGGGAUGAGGAAGAGAGGUUAUGCGUCGAGGAUUGUGGUGCAGAGGUCGACGGAGGAGGAGAAUCUUAUUAUACUUAAGUUCUGGAGAGAUAAAGAUGAGGAGAGUGUGGAUAAGGAGACGUCAUCAGAAUCGUUUAUGAAGCAGUUUUCGAGGUCUUUGUCAUCUUUUAUGGAGAAACAAUGGAGGUGAAAUGAUCUUAGGAACAUUCUUUGUUACAACAACCUCGGUUCUGUGUUGGUCUAGCAAUAUCCUUGAUUUGAUUUAGUAAAGAUCGACUAGAAGAGUUUGGGCAAAAUAUUCAUCACCUUCCUUAGUAAAUGGUUGAUGCUUCAAUAUCUACUUGCUUUCAUCUAAAAGCAUCUCCAAUAUAUUGAAGUUUCUCAAUUUGAAGUUCUCAACUCAAAUGUAAGUAUAAGCAUUUGAGAUAUUUUAAGUUGCAUUUCACAUAAUAUUUAGAUACCCAACGCAAUAGUUGUAUUUUGAAAACCUUUGUUAGAUACCCUGAACUAAUCAUUGUUUCAUGUGUAAAUAAAAUAGUCCAGUUUCAAAGUUCACUUUAGUCUCUUAGAAACAAAAAAAUGCUCUUAUUCUGAAAAUUUUAAACUAGGAAUGAUUCAAUUAACUUCCAAAGCAAGAAAGGUGAAAAGAGGCCAAGGCCAUCAAGUCUGAGACACUAAAAACACUGAAAGAGAGUCAAGUCUGAACCAAAACAAGAAACAGAAGAACCAAAAUCUGCCUAAAAUCCAAAAGAAAUGAAAACAAAUCCCACCCACCCUGCUGUUAUGUCCUUUUCUCUAAUUCUUCCCACUAUUUAGUAGGUCCUAUGAGCAUUUUUACAGGGUAGGAGGAUCAACAGAAAU